AUGGCCGACAAGCUCUCGGACGGUAUCCACACCUUUCAAGCUGGAGACAACACCCUCAGCUACCACAUCACCCCGUCCAAGAAACCCAAUGCGCCGCUCUGGGUAACCCAAUCCAUCCACUGGGGUCCCGGACGACAAGUCUACGUGAACACCCUCGCACCCAUCCUAUCCAAACACUACACCGUGCUAGACUUCUCGCCCCGAGGAAACGACGAAUCGUCCCGACCGAAAAACGCCUCUGGCAUCGAUGACCCCUCCGCCAUGAGUGUCACGCACGUCACAGACGACCUCGAAUCCCUCCGAAAAUACCUGAGCCUCGAAGCAUUCCCCAUCCUCGCCGGCCACAGUCUCGCUGGCGUCAGUAUCCUCCUCUACGCAUCCCUCUACCCCACGCGCGUAGAGACACUCGUCCCCAUCGCCGCAGGUAUCUUCGCAGGCUACGACGGCACCGCCGUCUGGAACCACUUCCGCGACAUUCGGUCCUCCCAACCUCAAUGGAAAUCCUCCUACGAGCGCUGGGCCACCGCGAAAACCAACCCACCCCAAACCGACGAGGACUUCGGCCAGUUCCUCAUGGACGUCUUACCCUCUUACCUCGCGGACCCCGAGAAAUCCUACGCCGCCACCGUCGCCGGCUUCGAGGGCUCGAAGAUGCGGCUGUGGUGUCAGCGGUCGUAUUUCGGUACUAUGGCUGGGGAUCAAGGGUUGCAAGGACUGUAUGAUUUGCUCAAGGAUGUGCGGGCGAAGAGGGUGCUGUUUGUGCAUGGCGAGGAGGAUAUGGCGUGUCCUGUUGAGGCGGCGAGGGUUGCGGAGGGGAGGCUGAGGGAUGGGGCGGAUGGGGUGGAGGUUUUGUUUGAGGGGUUGGGGGGUGUGGGGCAUUUUCCUUGGGUGGAGGAUGGGCGGGAGUUUGAGAGGGUGGUUUUUGGGGGGUUGGGGGAUGAGUGA